AUGAACAAUCCUCGGUGAAUAAAAGGAACGUUCAGCGAUUUGAUCGUGAGAAGAGGGUCCUUUUUCUGCCGAAGGUAAGGGGCCCUUGGGGGUUUAUUAACGUUUAACAUGGCAGUUUGCCAUUGUCAAGGGGGGUGACAUGGUACGCUUGAGAGACGGGGCCGGUCGAGGCUCCUGUGUCUGGCAGUUAGAUUUACAUCAUUUCCUACUGCACCCAGUCAUUCGAUCCUUUCACGAAAUCUAGUUUGUUGUCGUUUGCGGCGGUUUGAGUCACUCCGUCGUUGAAAGGUUUAUUAUAAGCAAGAAGCCUACACUCUGCGUAGUUUUAGGACUGCUCCUCUGAUUGCCAUACAGUAUUGUCCUCCUUUACUCUAUUGUAAAUGUAUAAUAUAGAGUCCAGCCUAUGUACAGUAUUGCCAUUCUAAUAACAUAGUAUAGGAUACUGGCUACUCUCAUUUGUUUCAACUGAAUUAGGUCAUCAUCAUGGGAUGUGUUUCAUUGGGUUCUUCUGAUAGCCAUUUGUAAUGUCUAAUGCCUUGCUGAAGAAUAUAGAAAUGUAACAGAUUUUGUAUUCUACAAAGCCUACCAGCUCACAGUAUGAGAAUCAAGGUCUGAUACAUUGUCAUUUGUAUGUAAUAGGCUAGUCAUUAACUGAUUUUGGCUGUCUGGGCCUGUUGGUUGUGGACAGUAUCACAUGAUGAACCUGCAUGCUUGUAAUCGUGUCAGUCAAAUCUUUUAGUGAUGUUUAGGAACUUUCUGCAAUAACUCCACUAUGUUUUGUGUAAGAGAUUGGUGCUGCCUCAUGAAAGGUCAUUCUGUAACAAGUGUCAUACGUAAUGUGCAUCAUGCAUAUCAUACUUUUCCACUGUAAAAAACAAAUGGAGACAUAUUUACUUGCUAUGCAAUCUCUAUAGUAAUAAUAAAUAGGCUAGAUUCUAGUGAAACUUCAACAGAGAAGCAAUAAGUUGCAGUCCCUUAUUUUCCAUAGGGCUAUAGGAUCACAUUUGAAUUCUGAAGGUUGGUUUCACAUCGUGGGAUGGGAUGCUAUUUAUAUGGAUGUGAAGAUCAUUGAAACCAUGAAGGGGCACACAUAUGGCCUACAGUAGGCCUACACAGGGGUAUGGAGAGGGAGUCUAUUCAAAUGUCUCAGCUUGGCCCUUAUUUGACCUGUCUCUGGCAUCCAAAUCCCCUGUUAUUGAAGGGUCCUGCUCUUUGUUUUGAAAGGAAAAGCUAAAGGGACAUAAGGCUAUCUAUCUACAGAACAGUUUGUUUUUCCUAAGCCAUUCAUAUAAACCCCUGGCUGCUUUCCUAGUUGCCAUGGUGACGUUUCCCAGACUCGAUGAUUUUGGAGCAGGAUUUUCAUGCGAGACAGAAGGAGAGGGAGUGAUGGGUUAGGAAUACUGAUGAAAGGAGAGUAAGGCUAUAGCAAAAAGGUGAUGUCAACUCAUUGUGGUAUCAGGAAUCGGUCCAGAUUUGAUUUAAUGAAGAGAUGUUUAUAAACAGUUACAGUGGAAUAAUAUAAUGUUUUGUUAUUCAGAUGGGAGCAUAAGAUAUAUUUAUUAUUACUAUGCCUACUGUGUUUUAUUCUCAUACCUUGGCUUGAUGAAAGUUCAUUUUUAUGUAAAAUGUCUAGAUAUGCUUCCCUGGCCUUCUGUAUUAAUUAAUUAAUUCCAAUUGUGUACCUACGCAUUUGUGCCAGACUGAUACUCUAUCUCUGUCUGUGACGACUGCCGACCAUCUGUCUGUCUCUGAACAUAAUUUGUCUGAUUCUCCACCUUCAGACACCAAGUUUCCAUGGAGGCAGUUUCGUCUCUCAGCCUCAAGCGAAGAUUUGAGGAGGUGGACAGUGGCUCUCCAUACUCUACACCAAAGGACUCGGACGAUGAAAUCUCCAGCAGUGACAGUGCUGACAGCUGUGAUAGCCUCAACCCCCCCUCCAGCACUGCACUAACACGUAAGGGCUUAGCUACACUGAAAAAAUUGAAAGUUUUUAAAUGGUUCUUCCUCAGCUCUUAAGGUUCCUUGGAGAACUCUUGCCUGAUAAAGAACCUUUGAGUGGAGGGUUCUUGACGUGGCAUCUAAAGUUCUUCAGAAUUCUAAAAGGUUCUUGAAAUGUUUGGAAGCCUGCAGAUGUGUCCCUUUCAUAGCACACAGCAAAUUGCCCAGUGUUAACUAGUGUUGAUAUUUCAAUGUAAAAUUUAUAUUGUUGAUUCAUGAGUUAAAUUAACACUGUAAAGAGUUAAAUUAACACUCAGUGUUGUAAAAUAACUCCAGUGUUGGUGUUAAUAACCAGAGUUGAACCAAAACCACGCCCAUCAGUGCCAUAUUUCUCAGCAUGCUCUAAUGCAAGUAGUUUUUUAGAAUUGUUUGUUUCAAUAUCAAUGUUUAAUUGAUUAAUAAAGCUUAUGCUACUCAAAUAUAAAUAACAUACAUUUUCUAAACUAUUCCAAUCUGUUACUUGGACUUAUUACCACCGUUACUGAAAUGGUUGUUCCAGUUUAGAUGUUUAAGGUAGUCUCAUACUGUAUCUUAUGCUGUGUUUAGAUGGUACGAGGUAGACGGUAGACGGCAAACCGGGUGUCAUUGUUUUCAAUGAGAGCACGGCGGUAAAAUGCUGUUGAGGCUGGCGGUGAAUGAAUGCUUAAAACCUUACAGCAGGGCUUUUCAAUUCCUGUUCUGGAGGCCCGAAACAUUUCUGGUUUGGCAUUUUUGUAUGGUUCUUCAAAGAACCAUACCAUUUUUGGUUCUUAAGAUCGCUCUCAAGAACCUUAUUUGGUUCCAAUUUGCACCUUUAUUUUUAAGAGUGUACGGUACAACCGGCAUUACUUGUUGGCUAAGGUUCUCACCAAUUAGACUGAUGCAUGACUACUCUAGGCAGAUCGUUAGUGAAAUAAAAGGACCAUUUCAAGUCCGUCAAAAAAUAGGCUUGGUUUUAAAGUGUAUGAUGGAUUAUUACUCUAUAAUAACCCUUAUAUUAUCUGUGGUAAUAACCAGUCUAUGGAAACUGUUCACCCAUUCUUACCCCUUUCUCUUCCCCGCUCUUUCCUCCACCUCCCUCUCCAGCGACCUCCAUCCUAAGACGGCACAAGCCCUCUCCAGGCCGGAAGCAGGUGCGGUUCGAUGUGGUGACGGUGUACUACUUCCCCAGGCGGCAGGGCUUUACCAGCGUGCCCAGCCAGGGGGGCAGCUCCCUAGGCAUGGCACGCCACCACUGCUCCAUCCGUCGAUACACACUGGGAGAGUUCGUCCUCGAGCAGGAGACCAGUCACCGCCACACCCUGCGCCAACACCUCCGCCAGGAGAAGCUCAACGCUCGCAAAAUAAAGGUGAGGUCAAGCAUUGGUCAUUCAGAGAGACCUGAAAGUUAUGGUUUUAAUUUAAGGACCUCCUGAGGUUUAAAUAGGGGAAUCCAUGUUCUGCACUAGUUACACAAGCAUAUCUUAAGUUAAUAUUCAGGUUUUAGUGAGGAACAUAUACGUCUAACUUCCACCCCUCCUCUCUAGCUGACGCGUAACGGUACGGUGGAGUGUGCCCAGGCCGACCUGCUGACCCUGGAGGACGUGUCAGACGACGACCUGGACAUAGAGGGGGUGGAGGUGGACGACUGCUUCUUCCUGCAGCCGCUGCCCACCAAACGGCGUCGGGCACUGCUCAGGGCCUCUGGCAUCGCCCGUAUAGAUGCCCGGGAGAAGGCUGAGUUACGGACCAUCAGGCUUUCCAGGGAGGAGUGUGGCUGCGACUGCCGCUUCUACUGUGACCCCCGCCACUGUGGCUGCAGCCAGGCUGGCAUCAAGUGCCAGGUGUGUUAAAUCAAAUGAAAUGCUUGCAAAUGAGCCCUUCCCAACGAUGCAGAGUAAACAAAUAAAUAAAUAGUAACACACAAAAUAAAAUACACAAGAAUGGAGCUAUAUACAGGGAGUAUCAAUACCAGAUCAAUGUGCAGAGGUAUGAGGUAUUUGAGGUAGAUAUGUACAAGAAGGCAGGGUAAAGUGACUAGGCAUCAGGAUAGAUAAUAAUAAGAGUAAAAUAAAGAACAGAGUAGCAGCAGCAAAUUAUGAGUGUAAAAGUGUAUGUGUGUGAGUGUGCGUGUGUGUGUAAUAUGUACACUACCAGUCAAAAGUUUGGACACACCUACUCAUUCAAGGGUUUUUCUUUAUUUUUACUAUUUUCUACAUUGUAGAAUAAUAGUGAAGACAUAAAACCUAUGAAAUAACACAUAUGGAAUCAUGUAGUAACUAAAAAAGUGUUAUACAAAUCCAAAUAUAUUUUAUAUUUGAGAUUCUUCAAAGUAGCCACCCUUUGCCUUGAUGACAGCUUUGCACACUCUUGGCAUUCUCUCAACCAGCUUCACGAGGUAGUCACCUGGAAUGCAUUUCAAUUAACAGGUGUGCCUUGUUAAAAGUUAAUUUGUGGAAUUUCUUUCCUUCUUAAUGCGUUUGAGCCAAUCAGUUGUGUUGUGACAAGGUAGGUGGGGUAUACAGAAGACAGCCCUAUUUGAUAAAAGACCAAGUCCAUAUUAUGGCAAGAACAGCGCAAAUAAGCAAAGUGAAAUGACAGUCCAUCAUUACUUUAAGACAUGAAGAUCAGUCAAUACGGAAAAUGUAAAGAACUUUGAAAGUUUCUUCAGGUGCAGUCGCAAAAACCAUCAAGCGCUAUGAUGAAACUGGCUCUCAUGAGGACCGCCACAGGAAUGGAAGACCCAGAGUUACCUCUGCAGAGGAUAAGUUCAUUAGACUUACCAGCCUCAGAAAUUGCAGCCCAAAUAAAUGCUUCACAGAGUUCAAGUAACAGACACAUCUCAACAUCAACUGUUCAUAGGAGACUGUGUGAAUCAGGACUUCAUGGUCGAAUUGCUGCAAAGAAAACACUACUAAAGAACAUCAAGAAGAAGAGACUUGCUCGGGCCAAGAAACACGAGCAAUGGACAUUAGACUGGUGGAAAUGUGUCCUUUGGUCUGGAGUCCAAAUUGGAGAUUUUUGGUUCCAACCGCCGUGUUUUUUGCGAGAUGCGGUGUGGGUGAACGGAGGAUCUCUGCAUGUGUGGUUCCCACCGUAAAUCAUGGAGGAGGAGGUGUUAUGGUGUGGGGGUGCUUUGCUGUUUACACUGUCUGUGAUUCAUUUAGAAUUCAAGGCACACUUAACCUGCAUGGCUACCACAGCAUUCUGCAGCGAUAUGCCAUCCCAUCUGGUUUGGGCUUAGUGGAACUAUCAUUUGUUUUUCAACAGGACAAUGACCCAACACACCUCCAGGCUGUGUAAGGGUUAUUUUACCAAUAAGGAGAGUGAUUGGAAUGCUGCAUCAGAUGACCUGGCCUCCACAACCCCACGACCUCAACCCAAUUGAGAUGGUUUGGGAUGAGUUGGACUGCAGAGUGAAGGAAAAGCAGCCAACAAGUGCUCAGCAUAUGUGGGAACUCCUUCAAGACUGUUGGAAAAGCAUUCCAGGUGAAGCUGGUUGAGAGAAUGCCAAGAGUGUGCAAAGCUGUAAUCAAGGCAAAGGGUGGCUAUUUGAAGAAUCUCAAAUAUAAAAUAUAUUUUGAUUUGUUUAACACUUUUUUUGGUUACUACAUGAUUCCAUAUGUGUUAUUUCAUAGUUUUGAUGUCUUCACUAUUAUUCUACAAUGUAGAAAAUAGUAAAAAUAAAGAAAAACCCUGGAAUGAGUAGAUGUGUCCAAACCUUUGACUGGUACUGUAUAUGUGUGUGUUUGUGUGCAUAUAUAGUGUAUGUGAAUGUGUGUGGGUUUUGUGUGGGAGUGUCAAUGUAGUGUGUGUUUGUGCGUAAUAAGGAGAUUAUAACAGAAGGCUAUAGAGUUGAGAGGUACUGUAUCCGUGCAGCACUCAGUACAUAUUAGGGCUGUAAUGAUACCAGUAUCACAAUAUUUUUUUCCAUGGCAAAAAUGAAAACACGAAGAAGACCAAACUCUUUGGUCCUUUAAAAACCUGCUGUAUGUAAAAUAUUGUGUGCUAUAGCUUGGAAAAUAAAUAACUGUGACUCUGGAUGUUUCCAACAUUAGGGCUGUUUUCCUAAAGAGGUUACAUCCGCUUCGUGUUUUGUUUCCUUAACCACGAUACUAACGAGUAUUGCGUCCCUUCCCUAAAACAUUUGGCAGAAUUAGUAUAAAGAUAAACAGCAAAUCAAUGUCUUACAGACAAAUUGCCUUUGCUGAAUAUUUUAUGACUGUGUAUAUUCUCUCAAAUGUUGUUCUCUUUCUAGGUGGACAGGAUGUCUUUUCCCUGUGGCUGCUCUCGGGAUGGCUGUGGGAACUCGGCAGGCCGCAUCGAGUUCAAUCCUCUCCGCGUGCGAACACACUACAUGCAUACCAUCAUGAAGCUGGACCUGGAGAAGAGGAGGCUGAUGGGGCAGAAGGCGGGGGUCGGGGGGGAACAGUAUGCAGAGUCUGACCUGCUCUCCUCCCCCUCCUCCACCAGGCCUCCCUCCCCAGACCUUCACCUGUCCACAGGGGCCCAUGGCCUGGACUCUGAGUUAGAGACAGAGGAGAGAGAGGUCCAGAUGGUCUUAGAGGCCCAGGACCUCCUGACUGACCAGGCCUGCCUGGAGCGGGAGAACGAGACCGCUGUGCUCCACCUGCAAAGUGCAGAGGAGCAGGAGAGGAUGAGGGAGGAAGAGGAGGAGGAGGAGGCAAAGCGGGGCAGGGGGGGAGGAGGGGGCCUGGGGGAGCAGGCUUUGUGCCUCCUGCCUGGGGCCCUGCAGGGGGAGAUGUGUGGGGACACAGGGGUGGGGGUUGGGGUGGAGGGGGUCCCGAUCUCCCUCCUCCAGGGCCCGUUCCCCACUGGGGCUACCCUGCUCUGCAUCACAGAGAACCAGGAGGGAGAUGGGGAGGGGGAAGGGGACAACCCCUGUGGUGGCCUCAAAGACCCGGCCUCCUCCCUGCUCUACUACCAGAUAGGUCCCAUGGAGAACGAGACAUUUCACAAGUCUCUGCCUGGGCAGGAGGAGGCGUGUGUAGAGAGAGAACCAGGGGGAGGAGAGCAGCGAGGGAGGGAUGAGGAUAGAGGUAAUACCUGCGGGCAGGAUGAGGCCGAGUUUUCGCCACCGGUGGCUCUGUGCUCAGAGAAUGGCAUGGGGGCUAAGGAGUUACCAUUCAGCCCCCAGCAAAGCUCCUUAGAAGGGCAGUGUCAGGAGGAGGCCUGUCUGGCCACAGAAGGAGAGUUGUACCCACCACUGCCCCCUGAGGUUUAG